CCAGCAGCCAGACCAUCCCCGGUGAAGUGACCUCCAUUGUGAUUAGGCCAGCACGCUCGGAGGUGAUACAGCAGGCUAAGGUUGUACUGGCCAAUACCCGAAAGACCGGAUCGCUAGUCUGGGGCCUGACUGUAGACGAGGCGGAACAGGCCUGUCAAGCGAUUGCCAAAGCUGAGAAUGAAAAAGCUGCCGAAAACUCCAAAAAACGUAGGACUUACCUGCAUCCAUUCGUGGACGCAUUUCUCGACAGGCUACUCAAUAUGAAAGACAGUGAACCUGAAAUUGAAGUGGAAGAAGUUGAGGGCCACUUAUUAUCCAUACGCAGCAAAGAGGAACUCACUUCUCUGAUCGAGGCCUUAGGCAAACUAAAGCAGGGCGUCUAUUGGACAGGAGCAAGGCUGAUGCGAAGGCCUUCGAGUAGAUUAAGCCAGUGGCUAAAUCUACCUCAGGUGGACCUGGCAUGGACAGAUGGCAGCCGCGGAUCACUAGACGUUCUUGGAUUGUCCACCGAAGAUUUGGCCCGACUCGAACCGAACAGGGAGUACUGUUUGGCGCUGGAUCUUUGGCUGGGUCGCUGGCAAGCGCGUAACUGCAGCGACCAGCUGGCCUACGCAUGCAACCUCCGCCCGAUUCCUAAAACGACCACUGAAUCCAAGCCACAGAAAGAAAGCGAUGAAUGGAGAGAUACUGAUGAGAGCCUUCCUGGACACCAUUCUCAUCCAACCCAAGAGGCAACUGCGGGUUCUACAACUCCGUCUGCCUCUUCAACACCUGUCGCCGAAACCGCAACUACACAACCAACUCCGAGCGAAACUGACAUUGUUCAACCAUCGUCAGAAGCAUCAAGCGAAGGAACCGAAGAACCGAAGCCAAUUGCAGGUUCCACAACUCCGUCUGCCUCUUCAACACCUGUCGCCGAAACCGCAACUACACAACCAACUCCGAGCGAAACUGACACUGUUCAACCAUCGUCAGAGGCAUCAAGCGAAGGAACCGAAGAACCGAAGCCAAUUACAAUUUCCACAACUCCGUCUGUCUCUUCAACACCUUUCGCCGAAACCGCAACUACACAACCAACUCCGAGCGAAACUGACACUGUUCAACCAUCGUCAGAGGCAUCAAGCGAAGGAACCGAAGAACCGAAGCCAAUUGCAGUUUCCACAACUGCGUCUGUCUCUUCAACACCUGUCGUUGAAACCGCAACUACGCAAACAACUCCGGUGGACACGGACACAGUUCAAUCAACAACAACCGGAUCAACCGAAGUAACCGGAUCGACGGACAGUUCGACGCCCCUCUCAACCAUACAGAGUAGUACCGAAGGCUUUGAGUCACCAUUCACAGCAUCUACGGCCCCAGUCACCGAAACUACACCAGAAAAAACGAUUUCCUCAACCCCGUCAGAAGAGGAAACAGGCCUACCAGAAGGUGAAAUCGCGCUAAAAUCAAUCAAUGCACAGCCUAUUGCAGAGGCAUUUACACCUUCAGAAAGUGACUUCGACGCAAUUCGACAAAUGACGACUGGCAGUGAGACGGUGAGCACAAGCACUGAAAUGACUACCUCGACUGCUACAGACACUAGCACAGUGACACCCCUUGACGGUUCUGUCUCCACUGAGCCUUCGCAAACAUCAACACUGUCAGUUACCGGUGCUGCAGGUAUUCCUGCAACUACCCCUGCCGCCACCAUCCUAGAUUCGUCUACUGUUGCCACGGCAGAAACCGUACCCCUCAGUCCAGCCAGAUUUUCUGCUACUUCCAUGCCUAUGGAGCCUUCGGAGGCAUCAAAACUGUCAGUCACCGGUGCUGCAGGUAGUCCGGCAACAACCCCUGCCGCCACCAUCUUAGAUUCGUCUACUGUUGCGACGGCAGAAACUGUACCCCUCAGUCCAGCC